GGCCGCGCACGUCGCUCCCCGCCCUCCCGCCACCGCCCGCCCUCGUUCGCUCGCGCUCCCCGCCCGCCGCCCGCGGUCCUCCGUCGGUUCUCUCCUUAGCCCGCCGUCUCCCACGGAGCUGCCCGUCCUUGGCUCGGAGCUCGCAGACUCGCGGACAGGCGUCCUCAGCGCGAAGAGGCCGGAUUCGGAGUCGUCGCCUUGAGCCUUGCAUCUGAGAAGUUCCAGGUACUUUGUACAACUGCAUCCCAGAACCUGUGUGUUUUUAGCACCUUUAUAAGUGAUGGCUGCCAUCAGGAAGAAACUGGUGAUUGUUGGUGAUGGAGCUUGUGGUAAGACAUGCUUGCUCAUAGUCUUCAGCAAGGACCAGUUCCCAGAGGUCUAUGUGCCCACGGUGUUUGAAAACUAUGUGGCGGAUAUCGAGGUGGAUGGGAAGCAGGUAGAGUUGGCUUUAUGGGACACAGCUGGACAGGAAGAUUAUGACCGCCUGAGGCCUCUCUCUUAUCCAGACACUGAUGUUAUAUUGAUGUGUUUUUCCAUUGACAGCCCUGAUAGUUUAGGUGAGUAG